GGUCGAUGCACCACCGGCGCCUUCCUCCCCCAGUGUCGCAGGUGCUGCAGCUACCCUCGAGGGCCAAGCAAGCCCCAAGGCCGAGAGUAUGGUGGAGGAGAUCUUGGGUCAUCUUGCACCCGAGCAUGCGCGAAAGCCGGAGCAGGCUUGCCUCCUGCCCUCCACGCAGCUGUGGCAGCUCCCUUCGGGUCGGCGAGGAGCAUCGCGCAUGGCAUUGUCACCGGCGGGAUCGCUGCUGGCCGUUGCCUUGUCCCGAUCGAAGAAUUCGUCGGAGCUCCGUAUCUACGCCGUGGCCUCCGGGCGCCUUUAUGCCACCUGCGCCGAAAUGCACGAAGCCCUGGUCCACGACCUUUGCUGGCACAGCUUCGAAAAGCGCCGCCUGA